UCAUGGACAACGUUGCUUACUUCAAGCGAGUAGAUUCACCACCAGGAUCUGUGUUUAGACCUAAUGAAAACUUUCUUAAACCAGCGGAAGAAAACCUAGACCAGCAACUUAUUGUGAAUGGACUGUUCCGUGGUUCCGAAAGAGUAAAUUUCAGAAUUUCUUCGCCUGUUAUAGAGCCGUAUUUUAAGGUUGAUCUUGGUUUCAGUCAUCAGAUUUACGGCGCAAUCAUUCACCGAGAGCUUAAAGACACAGAUGCCGGAAGUUAUUGGCAGAGAAUGGUUCUGUGGAUAGGUAGAGAUGAAUGGAGCUUUCUUACAUUCGGAUCAUAUAUGUGCGGUGGUAUGAUAAACGCCCACAAAAAUGACAUGCACCUGUUCGUAUGUGAAGCUCCAAUGACUGGUCGUUACGUUACACUACAAACAAAUGUACAUUCUGAUCCGGAUAUUGUGUCGGAUGAAUACCUGAACCUUCAGAUCAAUGAAAUUAUCGUUUAUGGGAGAGCAACAAAAUGUGGACGGCUCCUUGGAAUGAUGACUGGCGAAGUAACAGCGGCGCAAAUAACAACGUCAAGUUACAUUGAUGGUUUCCAUAGUAAUCAGUCAAGACUAAAUGAAAAUGGACCAGGAUGGUGUCCGAAAGUAGAGGAUAGAAAACCUUUUAUAAAGGUUAAUUUGUUGCUUCCCAUGCUGGUCGAAGGUGUCAUCAUACAGGGAUGGUUACAGAACGAUGGAAAUUUAAAGUUCAUACGUAGCUUUAAAGUACUGUAUGGCUUUAACUAUGAUAAUAUGGCCUAUUACAAUGACAGUUCUGGACCAAAGGUUUUCUACAUAUCUGACGGAGCAGAAUACAAUUUUACUGAGACGUUUUGGUUUUCAAAACCUUUUCUGGCCGGAAUAAUUGGACUGGAGAUUCCAAGCGAAGAAAACUCUUGCCUUAAAACAGAAUUUAUUGUAUGCAAACGGAAUGUGGAACGUAACUGUGCAAGUACCCAAGAUAUUGGGUGGCAAACCCUUACAGAAAGGUAUAUACCAAGCGAAGAAUUUCAAAAGAGAGGAUUGGCAGCUUAUUACCGCACUUGUUUGCAGAAGUGUAGAAGGACAUCAUUUUGUAAUGCGUUUCAAUAUAACACUACAAAAACAGUGUGUAGACUUUUUAUAGGCCAGCCUUUGCCUCCAUUUCAUUCAUUUAUGGAAAUGAGGAAUGUAUCAUUUUCGUACAAAUUAUGCGUUAAGGAACUUCCUUUUCGUCAAAACAUUUCAUCCGAGACAAUUAUAACGUCACCAAAGUACCCAUAUUACUAUGGAGACCAUAUUGAAUACACAUGGAAUGUACGUGUGGCUGACGCAGUCGCCCUCAAUUUCGAUGUUCUUGACGUCUUUUUUCCAACCGUAGAUAUCAGCAAAAGUGGAUUACUGUGCUACGAUAGAUUAGACUUUGGUCAGAAUGAAAAGCAUGUCAAGAAAGAAGAAAUAGCAUCAAAGAAGGAUCAGCAAUAUUAUCGCCAGAGCAGAAUUAUUUCAGAGAAAGGGAAUCAGCUGUUCAUUCGAAUUAAGUCCUGUUAUGCAAAUCAAACGAUGCCCUUCAGAGGGUUUGCAAUCAAAAUUACAAAAUCCGAUUGUCCUGCUUGUAAACGAAAACAGGACUGUACUUAUACUUGCGGCUACAUUCAAAGUCCGUAUUUUCCUUCUGGAAUGUAUCAGAAAGACUCAUCUACAACAUAUAAAAUUCGGGCCAAUAGUAACGAAUACGUGAAGAUACAAAUAACCUACUACGAUGUCCCUGAUGAACGUACAGCCUUCCUUUCGUUUGCAGAUAUUUCCACAGAAGAGACUUCACUCACAACAAAUAUAGAUGGAAAAUCCAUACCGUACCCCAUAUUUUAUUCGCAAAACAAUUUCCUUAAUGUAAGCUGUCAUUAUAGAGUGAGCACAGUAAACAAAGGGUAUCAACUACGCUACAGCUUUACGAAGAUGCAUACGUGGAACGAGUCUAUCUAUCAGAUGAAUACGUCAGGUUAAUUGUAUCAUUAGUUUACAACUAAAUCAUCUUGUGUAGUUGAAAAAUAAAUUGAUAAACAAAAAUACAGAAAUGGAAUAUAUAUAAUUUGUAGAUAUAAAGAGCGAUUAGCAAAUCAGAUUUCUUCCUAGUGCAAUACACACUAGAUAGAAUCAGAUUUCCUAAGCCCUACUUUCUUCCAAAUAUA